UCCGGGGAGCACAAAAGAGGGCCGGGGAGGGAGACAGGGACACGCAAGCUUCAGGCACAAGCCCUACGCCGCCUCGCCUCGCCUCGCCUCACCUCGUUGCUUGUCUUCGAAGAUCCGUAGUUAGUUGCACUGCACCAAGAAGAAUCAACCAAAGCUUCGCCCCGACUUAAUCGAUCGAUCUUGGCGCGGCGCUGAUUAAUGGCGCACUGCGGCGGCGGUCCGGGUCCGGCGGCGCCGCGGGAGGCGUCAUCCGUGGAGAGCCAUUUCCAGGGCCUGCUCGACGACGACGACAAGUACCGCGCAUUGUGCGGCGCGUUCGGGUACCUGCAGCAGCAGGAGUGGCCGGACCUCAGCGGCGCGUGCUACGCGGCCUUCGGCGCGCCACCGCCGCCGGGCACCAGCAACGGCGCCGGCAACUCCUUCUCCUGCAGCGGUAGCGCCAGCAGCGGCGGCGGCUCCACUAAGAGAAAACCUGACGCGUAUGUAGACGCAAAGGACGACUGCAAGAGGCCGAGAGGGAAGCAGCAGCUGUGCGAUCCUGACGAGGCUGGAGCGGCGGCGAAAGGGAGGCCGGAGAAAGCCAAGGCGUGCGCCAGGAAGAAGCCGGAGCCGGCGGCCGCCGGCCAGAAGACCGACUACAUCCACGUCCGAGCCCGCCGCGGGCAGGCCACGGACAGCCACAGCCUCGCCGAACGGGUGAGGCGGGAGCGGAUCAGCGAGCGGAUGAGGUACCUGCAGGAGCUGGUGCCCGGCUGCGACAAGGUCACCGGCAAGGCCGGCAUGCUCGACGAGAUCAUCAACUACGUCCAGUCCCUGCAGAAGCAGGUCGAGUUCCUGUCCAUGAAGAUCGCCGCCUCCAACCCGGUGGUGAACUUCAACAUCGUCGACGACCUCUUCGGCGGCAGGCGGAUGAACCAGGCGUGCGGCCCCUCCAUGACGACGCUGCCGAUGCACCAGGGGCAGCUGGACCCGUCCUGCCUUCAGAUGAGCAGCGCUACCAUGCAGCAGAUGCAACAACCGGCUGCCGGGUUCGGGCAGGACAUGCUCGUCAACAACCCGUACCCGGCGGCGCAGAGCGCGCCCCCAUCGGCGGCUGCCACACCGGUGUCGAUGUCAGCCGCCGCGUCCGUCGAAUCAUGCCUCGACGUGAAUGGAGCUGCUGCUUGGGACAUUGCGUCUCAGCAUUUGUUCAGUGGGUUUGAUGCACAGUUUCAGCCAGUUCAAAGUGACUGUUUGCUAGACAAUCUCAAAAUGGAAAUGUAAGCGGGAUUAAUUCUCAUUCCUGGAGUUUUAAGUGCAACUAUACGUGUGGCUGAAGAUUCUUUAUUCAUAGCAACUGAACUAAUGCAGUAUUCUGUCAGCAAUGGAAACAGAAGCACAUUUGUGUGUGAAGUUAUAUUCUUGUA